CACCACUAACAAAAAAAAACUCUGUCCGUAAAAAAGGUUGAGAAACUAGAAACCUCUCUCAGAUGUCGGAAACAUCAACAGAGUAAUAUUAUUCUUAUCAGAGCGAUCGAGUUAUUGAAGACUUAAAAGCUUCUUCGUCUCCAUUACGUCUGUGUUGCAAAUUUGAAUAUGAAGGACAGAGAGGAAUCUUCCGGCUCUUCAAGAUCAACAAACUACCCUAACGAUGAACACGAACCUAGAGAAAUCAAUAUCCGACCAUUCUCUUCUGUUCCUUCUUCUCCUCGAAACGCUUCUUCUAAAUACGAUUUCGUCAAGGUGAAGGUAUGGCUUGGAGAUGCCGAUCACUACUAUGUCCUGUCUCGGUUCUUAGUCUGCAGAAUGCUAACUGUAACUAAGAUCCCAAAUCAUGUAGCAGUAAAGAUUUCUCUUGAACUCAAGAAGCUUUUGAUUGAUAACAGCCUUCUGGAUGUGUCUCAGUCCGAUCUGGAAACCAGUUUGUUUAAGCUUAUGGAGCGGCGUGGUUAUGGUGAGGAGUACAUUAACCGCUACAACAUGAUGACAAAGUUUCAUCAUCAGAGAGUACCUCUCGUCAUACUUGUUUGCGGAACAGCUUGUGUCGGAAAGUCUACAAUAGCCACACAACUUGCUCAGAGACUAAACUUGCCAAAUGUUUUACAUACUGACAUGGUAUAUGAGCUGCUUCGCACGGCAACUGAUGCUCCGUUGACAUCAACCCCUGUGUGGACUCGAGAAUUCGGCUCAUCAGAGGAGCUGAUAACCGAAUUCUGUAGAGAAUGCAGAAUUGUUCGAAAAGGACUCGCUGGUGAUUUGAAGAAAGCAAUGAAAGAUGGGAAACCAAUUAUAAUCGAGGGAAGACAUUUAGACCCAAGCAUAUACUUGAUGAAUGAAGAGAACAAAGCUCCAUCAAAUGAUCCCGAGAAGAGUAGCAAAGCAACAAACUCUUCAGGAGAUGUAACUUCGGACAAACACCCCGAGGCAGGUUCUUCAAACACUAGAGAAACCGACGAUAGUGCCGCGAAACCACAGUCUCAAGAUGCAGCCAUGACAUCAGUGGAACAACUAUCAGAAAACGUUACACAGUGUAAAAUCGAUGGUGAAACUGCAAAAGAAGCCGAAAAGAAAAGAAAAUCUGGAGAGGGAAGUGGAAAGCCGAAAUCUGGCCCCGAACCAAUAGUCAUAUCUAUUGUUUUAAAGAUGGCUGAAUUCGAUCAUAAGGCUUUGCUAGAGGAGUGGAUCUCUUCUCGUACAUCCGGAGAUAAAUAUACAUCUAAGGAGAAAGACAGGCUGAUUUCAAACCUAAAGACCAUUGAAGACUAUCUUUGUUCCUUCAACUCACAGGGAGUGACAGUGGUAAAUAUAUCGGCCACCACAUUCCCUCAGACACUGGACUGGCUUCACAACUAUCUUCUUCAGCGUAUUGAGGAAGGGAUGCGAUCAUCAGAGAAUGAGAUGCCAAAGUGAUUCGUCGGAGGCUAAAUUCAUCUUCUUCAUGAUGAAGCUUCCUACACUGUAAUCUGAAACACUGAUUUUAUUAUUUUAGUCAAAAACAGAGAGUGUAGAGGGAAAACUUUGUUUAGUGUUUUACUAUACAGUAUGUUGAGAGUUCUAUAAAUUUAUUAAAACAUCUUCCCUCCUGGAAAACUUGAUCUUAAUCAUCUUAAUUGCCUACUUCUGAGCAUGGCAGUGAUAUGACCUAAUCCGGAAAAUGUUGUUUUUAUCAUCAUUUUGAAGGAUUGAGAUUUCUUCUUGGCA